AUGGUCAUUCUACGGGACAAAAUAAGAUUCUACGAAGGUAUUUGUGGUGUCUCACUUUUCACAGAAUCUUAGUAGAUGUGUUAACAGUGACCCAUUAGAGAGAGCAGUCAGUCCUCCAAAUAAAAAUAAUUGAUCUGAAGCUUACAUUACCUUUGUCAGGGUCUGUGAUGUUCUGUGCUUAACACACCAAAGUCAACUAAGGCCAUAGGUCCCAAACUGCUGUGCUUUGUGAGAUUAUUUUAGUACUAACAGCAGUUGGUUUGCUCCUCCUUUGGUGUGCAGGUCAGAAGUUACUGGACUCUCUGGCAGAGACAUGGGACUUUUUCUUCUGUGAUGUUCUCAACAUGCUACAGGCCAUCUUUCACCCAGUACAGGUAUCACUCCCCUAACUCUCCUCCCUCAUCUCUCUCUCUCUCUAUCUCUCUGUCUCUAUCUCUUUAUGUCCUGACUCUCCUCUAACCUGUUCUCUCUCUCUCUCGCUCUCUCUCUCUCUCUCUGAUUCUCUCUUAGCAGACAAUAAAGAAACACAUUCUCUCAGGGAAUUAAAGCUGCAUUUUCAUAACCCUCCCUCUCCUCACCCUUCGCGCCAUUCCUCUUUCUAUCUCUCCCCUUCUUCUCUCCUUUCUGUCUGCAGGGUAAGGAGCCCAGUGUGAGACAGCUGGCUCUGCUCCAUUUCAGGAACACCAUAGUUCUGAGUGUGAAGCUGGAGGAUGCUCUGUCUCGGCCCCGCGCCCGCAUUCCCCCCUCCGUCACGCAGAUGCUGCUUAUACUGCAGGUAGGUACAGUACGCCUCUCUCUCUCUUUUUCUCUGUCUCUUUAUGUCCCUCACUCACACACACACAUGCUCUGACCUGUCUUCUCUCUCUCCCUGUAGGGUGUCCAUGAGUCGCGGGGUGUGAGUGAGGACUACCUGCGUCUGGAGUCUCUGGUCCAGAGGGUGGUCUCUCCUUACCUGGGCACCCACGGCCUCUACUCUGGAGACGGCAGCGUGGCACACUGCUCCUGUGUGCUUGGUAAGAUACAUACACUGCCCUGUUCACCCACUACGUUUUCUCUCUCCUUUACUCUCCUUCACUUACACACUCUGUCCCUCCCACAGAGAAUCGUUUCCAGUGGUGCUGGCCUAAGCAGCCUGUGGACCAGCCGUCUAAGAACCCUGUGGUCCGUUCUAAGAGCUACAACAUCCCUCUCCUCCUGACGCCCGUGGCAGAGUACGACCCUGACGCCAGCUCGGUGGGCAGCGGGGGCAUCCGACGCCACUCUGCCUGUGAGAUCAUCUCCUGCUUAGAGGAACAGGGCCUGGCCUACACCGACAUUGCCUCUGGGAUUGACCCCUCCACCUCCAGUACCUCUGCUAACAGGCUCUGUGUGGUUCCACAGUCCACAGGUAGGGCCUCAGUCCUCCUCACUAGCUCCUUACUAGGUUAGGCUAUGCAUACACUACAAACUGCAAACUUCCAGAGGCGCAGGGUGGAAAAGUUGCCAUAGUAGGAAAAAUAAGAAAAAUACUCUUGCCAGACUGAUUGAUCCUAACCCACAACCUUCCCUCUGGCAGGAUCUAUGGAGUCUUCUCUCCCCUCCCCCUCAAUCCUCCCUCUCCACUCCCCAGGACCCCUCCAUGGGACGGAGGCAACAAUGACCCUCACAGACAUGGCCAAUGGUGCCCCCUCCUCUCCCCCCAGCGGAUCCUCCAGCCCAGAGACCAUCAUUGGACAGGUGCUGGAGUCCCUGGACUCAGAUUUAGAUGGGAUAUUCAUAGAAUUCCCACCCUGCUGCUCGGAGUCAAUGGGAUAUGGUCGGGAGAGCAGGCAGAGUACUGUGUAG